GCCCGGGGCUCCGCGCAAGAGCCGACUCCGCAGCUCCGGCAGGGGGCGGGGUUGGAGGACUGCGAGGAGUCGGUCCCACAGAGCGCCCAGCUGGCAGGGGGACGGUCGCUCAACCGGAAGUAGAGGCCAGUGUGCGUGACCGGAAGCCGGGGAGGGACGGGGGGGUGUCAGGGCGGGCUGCGCGCGCGCGCGUUGGAGGGGGCCGCUCCACGGGAUGGGGCAACGGUUGCAGGUGCUGAGGUGCUGCGCCUGCGGCACCUUCCAGGUCCACCAGGUUAAAAAGAACAAAAAAUGGAGCUGCAAAGUGUGUGGUGAGAAGCAGUUGCUGCUAAAGGCCUAUGGCCAAGGCUCUGGAUCUGACUGUAGACGCCAUGUCCAAAAAUUAAACUUGCUGCGGGCUGGGACAGAGGUGGCAGCUGAGAGAACAUCUUGGUGUAUAGAAGAACCACUGAAUGACAACAAAGAGAACACAGCAGUUCCAAAGGAAGAAAACAUGGGCUGGCAGGAAGAAGAGGUGGAAUUCCGUCCCGUGAUCAGCCGCUGGAAUAAGUAUCUGGACAAGGACAGUGAAGAUCAGGAGGAGGAGGAGGUGUAUACAGACAGAGAGCAGCUGAACUCCCAUAAAAGGAACAUUGUGGAAGAACAAAGGAAACGCAAGAGCAGAUUCUGCCACAAUGAUGCUCAGGAGUGCUUUGAGGAAAAGGGAAUUUAUGGGCUCGCUGACCAAGCCAAGAAAGUCAAAACCUUUGAGAGCAGUAAAGAUUCAACAACUGUAGCUGAACAGGACUGUGGAGAUUAUAUAUGUAACAGCAUUGUGGUUCCUGCUAUCAGUGAGUUUUGGGUACCUGAGAAUACACAAGCUCCAGAGUCAGCUGAUGUCACCGUUUCCAAGUGGGAAAAAUUUCUCCUGUCUUCCAGCAGCUGUAAUAAUGGUAACAUAACCCUUGCCGCACAGAAGAACAGUUGGAAAUUAGAGACACAGAGGGCCUCUGCAGGAAACUUUCUAAUGGCUGAUGGAUAUCCACAGCAGGAGGAAGAUUCUGUAUCUCCAGGCACAGGUGCCCAAACUGAAAAGAGCUUCACCAACAAUAAGUAUAUAGCACAGAAAUAUGCCUCAAAGCUUCAUAGCACCACACUGGCUGCCAGUGUGCAGACUGCCUUUGACAUGAGCCAUGCAGCUAUUGGGGAUGUGCUUUCUGGAAAAUAUAAGGACCACCUGAUUAGGGCAGGGUCUGAUGUUGCAGAGAAUAAUGAAGGCAGGUUGUACUUGGCCUGCACUGUGAUGCCAGCAAACUGUUUAUCCAAGGACACUGUGACCUUUGCGUCUACAGAUCCUUUUGCUAACUCUAGUGGGGUGCCUCAGUGUCUUACUGCUCCAAAUAGCAGCCUCUUUUGCACAGAUGAUGAUUUUGAUGAUGAUCUUUGAAAAGUUCCACCCCACGCCCACCCAGGUUUUUACUUUUCUAGCCAACUUCUGCUGUUGAAGUGACUCACUUCAAGUGAGGCAUAGUGUAGCCUAGUAAAUACUAUUAGUGUUUCUCAGUUUGUUAGAACAUUGCACAUUUUCAUGCUCCACAUUUUGCCAGAUAGAUGGGGUAUAUUGAACUGUUUCCUUUUUAAGCUAGAGUCGGAGCAUUUAUGCUUAUCACCUCUAUAAAAAGCUGUUUUUAAAAACC